GCAAUCAUCAUGUCGUCUGAUGGCGGUCUUUCAAUGCAAGAAGCCAUCUCAGCCGGCCGUGCUAAAUAUGUAGCCCGGCAUUACAAACUGGCCCUUGGUUCUUUCACCGAUGCCAUCAAGCUUUGCCCAUGUGAGGUAGAAAAGAGGAAGAGGAAGCGGAGAGAUUCAGUGGGACAGGAGUUUGACCAAAAUGCACAAGCAAACCAAGUAGCUACCGAGUUUCCAGCACUCGAGUGUGGCAACCCCCUCCAUCUCCAAGCUCUCAACUAUCGAGCUGGAACAUUUGAAAAGAUUCCAGAUCUUCGUCGUGCGCUAGCUGACGCGCGGAGGAUGAUGGACGUUGCGCCAUGUUCGCCCGAAGGCUAUCUCCGGGCAAGCAAGAUUCUGCGGAUGCAAGAAAAUCCAAUAGAUUCCCUCAAAGUACUGACUGACGGCAUUCUGGUGUUCCUUGAAAGAGGCGACUUUCAAGUAGAAGAUUUACGACGUCUUGACAAAGCUCGAAUUCCCCUCAAAUCAAAGUUUGCCAAGGUUGAUCCCUUGAGUAACUUUCCGAGUCUUAGUUGGAUGUCAAAAGCUCAUCUACCGCCAGAGCUUAUACUGGAUAUUUUUGGCCGUUUAGAGCUAUCAAUGCUAUGUCAAUGUCUGCGAGUCUCCAAAUCUUGGAAGAACGCGUUAACGGCGCCUGCAUGCGCACAACUUUGGAGGUCCCUUCUUUUCACUGGAGCUUCGGUACCCAAGAAACCCAUUUCAUUCGACUCCUUGAAGAAAUUACUCUCCUACUCAAUGAACAAUAUUAGGGAGCUUGUAAUAGCCGAUGCUCGAAAACUAUAUCUGGACCGGAGGAAAUUCAACGCCUUCUUGAACGCAGGAACAAGACUGGAACGCUUGGAAGUAAUUAACCCAUGUGAAGCCGUAGACCUCACGCGACCUCCAAAAUAUCUCAAAUACCUGAAUCUUGAGGGAUUUCAUCGUUUCAAUGGGCCAAAUCAAACAGUCGACUCUUAUAGAAGAUUUUUAUCGGCAGUUGUUCCCAAUCUAGAGACCCUAAUCCUUUCGGGAGUUCCCAGACAAUGGUUCACUGAUGUGCAGGUGCCUAUGAUGCCUAAGUUGAGGCAUCUCAAGCUGUCCAAGGGCAAAGAACAGCCAUGGGUAUUAUCUGUUGUGGCUUUGUUGAAAAGCACUCCACAACUUGAACAGCUCUACCUGGAGGAUCUCAUUCUGGAUUGCAGUCAUUCAAUUCGCGAGAAAUUUGACGACUGUUGUGUUCCCAAUCUCAAGUCUCUCACCAUUGUGGAUACGAGAGCGCAAGUGUUUGAGAGGGGCACUAACCUUUGGCUUGCACACAGCGAUUCAUCUACCCUUGAGGCGUACCAACUCGUAACAGCUUUAAAUCAUGGAAAGAAACUCAGGGCUUUAGAGAUAAAUUAUAACUGGCAGUACAACAACAAUGGACGGGCAAGUAACGACAUAUUCAGCAACAUGCACCAAGAUCAUGCAUACCAAUACGAAGAUCUGGAGAUCUUACGCCUCUCCAACCUAGUCGUGUCACCUCAGAUAGCAGAGAGGUUGUUCGAAUCACCCAUAAGAUCCGGAAAACUUUAUACUUUCGACAUUUGUUUCCCUCUCCCGAGGUUGGACGAGGCACCUGGGCAAACUAGUGCGGAUCACAUCCAAAAAUACCAGUGGCUCGAAGGGGCUGAGAGUAUUCGAUGCCUCGGCAUCUAUGACUUUAGCUUCAAAGCUUAUGUGAAUGCAUUAGAUCACCCAUUGGUCAAAUUUCUACAAAAGUUUCCCUCAUUGGAGGAGGUGAAGCUGGGGUCAUCCGUGUCUGGUGUCACGGAGUACCUCCUCACGAUUGAGGAUGUCUUGAAAUUCGUGAAGCUCAAGUCUAUAGAGGCCACGCAGAUAUCGGGAGAGUCUUUUGACAAAAUUAGGCGGCUGGCUAGGAAACAAGGGGUAAACUUGACAUGGGAGGCUCAGCGGCCAAAGUGGCCUAUGAACUUUAGAGACAACUAG